AAAGUGAAUGGAGUCUGGUUGGCUUGUGUUGUCUCUCAGCAACAUGGCAGCGUGUUCUGGAGGAGAGGAGCGUCUGAGACUCUGAAACAUCUGGACCCGGACCAGGACCUGCACCAGCUGCUGCAGGACAGCUUCUCUGUGUCGGACAGUCCGGUGUGGAUGGACUCGAGCAGCACUCAGCAGUGUGAGGACCUGCAGGCGGCAGCAGGAGGCGCUCUGAGGCUGGCGGAGAUCACCGGAUCCAGAGCCUACGAGCGUUUCACAGGAAACCAGAUCGCCAAACUGCGUCAGACCCGAGCGGAGGAGUUCCAGGACACCGAGAGGAUCUCAUUGGUCAGCAGCUUUGCCGCCUCUCUCUUCCUCGGUGGUUACGCUGCCAUCGACUACAGCGACGGCUCAGGGAUGAAUCUGCUGGACAUCAGGACCAGAAACUGGUCUGAGAUCUGCCUGCAGGCCAGCGCUCCUCACCUGGACCAGCUGCUGGGAGCUCCACUGCCCUCCACAUCUGUGCUGGGCCCCGUCUCCUCCUACUUUGUGCAUCGGUACGGUUUCUCUGAGAGCUGCAGUGUGGUGGCGUUCACUGGAGACAACCCAGCGUCGCUGGCAGGAAUGAGGCUGCAGCCCGGAGACGUCGCCGUGAGUCUGACUCUGACACACUUCCUGUCAUCACGCCGGGUUACUGUGGCUGUUAAUGUGUGUGUGUGUGUAGACAGGCUGCAGUGUUUCAGGUGUUUUGUCAUCAGCAGCUUCAAGAACGGGUCUCUGACGAGGGAGCGCGUCAGGAACGAGUGUGCUGGAGCAUCAUGGGAACUUUUCUCAGCAGCUUUGAGUGACACGCCGCUCGGAAACCAUGGAAACAUCGGCUUUUAUUUUGAAACUAUGGAGAUCACUCCUCCUGUGAUUGGUGUUCAUCGCUUUGACUCUGCUGACUGUGAGGUGUCCUCGCUGAGUCCUCAGGUGGAGGUUCGGGCUGUGGUGGAGGGUCAGUUCCUGUCCAGGCGGCUUCAUGCUGAGAGACUGGGAUACUCCAUCAUUCCAGGAACCAGAGUUCUGGCGACGGGAGGAGCGUCAUCGAAUAAAGAGAUCCUGCAGGUGCUGUCUGACGUGUUCAACGCUCCGGUCUACACCAUCGACCUGUCCGACUCCACUUGUUUGGGUUCAGCCUACAGAGCUCUGCACGGCCUGGUGGCAGAAUCCGGAGCGUCCUUCGUUGAUGUGGUGAAGAAAGCACCAGAACCACGACUGGUCGCCACCCCGCACCCGAAGGCGAAGGAGGUGUACGACGAGCUGCUGAAGCGCUACGCGCAAUUGGAGGAGAGAGUUGUGCAGAAGAGCCACAGCUGAGCCUCAAACCGCCAUCAGUGAAAUCCCGCGACCACCAUUUUCUACCGAAGCCAGCUUUGAGUUUGACUUUUACACCUGUUUACCUGAAAGAAGAUCAGAGUCAUCCAGGUAGCGUUAGUUAUUCAUGUGUAAGUUUUAGUGUACAGUCUGAAAUAAAGUGAACGAGCUCAUGAACAUGUUUGGUUUCUCUUGC